GCCGCUGUUGUACCAAAUAAUGAUUUAGAUAUCGAAGGAUUAGCAGCAGCAGCAGCACCAGUUGUUGCUGUAUUCGAAGUUUGUGAUGAUCCAAAAUUGAAACCAGAAACAGCUCCAGUAUACACGCACGCAAAUCAUACACAGAGAGAAAAAAUUACAAAUGAUUAACUCAAUAUCCAAUCAAUAAACAACGUUACCAUUGAAUUUGUAUACAGAGAGAAAAAAUUUUGGUAACGUUGUCUAUUGACAGUAUAUUGAGUAAAUCGAAAAGCCAAUUUUCUUGGGUCAAGCCCAGUGAUAUAUGCAGAUUGAUCAUGUCAAAUAAAUCGAUUGUUUCUCAAAUAUUGUUGGAACAAGAAAUUAAAAAAAAUAAUGAAUUUGACAAAUUGGCAUUCAACGAACAUUUACAAUGCAAUACCGAACGAAAAAAAAACUUUUGGGUACACUCCAAUUGGAGUUUGGAUUUGACGAUUUCUCAAUCGUCAAUCAGCUCGGAGUGAAGAAUAAUAACCACACGUAUAUGGCAUUAUAUUUGACGUUUCCACAUAUACCAUUGAAAAUGAGAUUGAAACAGAGGAACAUUUUCAUGGUUAUGCUGGUAAACCGAAAAGAAAUGAAAGAUGCUGGUUAUAAUCUUAACGAUAUUUUCAAGCCAAUGAUUAAUGAUAUGAAAUUGGCUAUGUCUGAAGGUAUUGCCAUAAAUUCCACAGAAAACCAAAAAUUUACAAUCUCCAUUAGCGCCCUUUGUGGCGAUAAUAAAGGAAUUUAUGAAUUUUUAGGUUAUAAUACGGCAUUCCAAGCUCGUUCAUUCAUAUGUCGGGUAUGUGGAGCUAAAGGGUCCAAAAAUGAGCUUGGAACUUGCAAUGAAAUUAUUGAUUUCAAAGCUGAUUUGUACAUCCUUACAAAUAUAUGCUAUCAAAAAGCCUGGAAAGAUGACGAAGCUGUAAAAAAAAUAUCGGAUAAAAAAUUUGGACUGGCAAAUUAUUGUGUUUUCAAUGAUUUACCAAAUAUUUGCAUUUCUGAUUUAGCCCCCAUUGGACUGGUAAUUAAUUUAUUUAACAUUUAUCGCUUUCAGAUUUGCUAAAUUGAAUAUUCUUUUUUUCAGUAUGCAUGACUUUGAUGAGGGCAUGGCCGAGCAAAUAGUUUUUGCAAUUUUAAAAAUUUUGAAAAUCUCGACCGAUUCGGUUGAGAAAAUCGUAAAGAAAAAAUUUUUCAAGAACGACAAAGUCAAAAUUCGUGGUUUCAGCGGUUCCACCAAAUCCAAAGGGAAAAAAUUUAAGCUCAAAGAAACCGCAGCUUCUGUAAUUUUUUAAAAAUCAAUAUAUUCAACACAUUAAUUUUUUUAUUUUCAGAAAUACGAAUUUUUUCUUCGUUUCGGUGAAAUUAUUGCCGAAAUCAAAAAUGAUUUCGAUACCAACAAAACGGCAUUCGAAUUAUAUUCGAAUGCAAAAGAAUUUGCAUUGUUAACACACUCCUUUGCGCUAAAUCAAGAUGAAAUCUUGAAAUUAAAACAAUGCGCAAAGAACAUUGUUGACACGUAUGCUAAAAUACCAGGCUGUAAAGUAACGCCCAAAUUCCAUAACAUUUUACAUUAUUGGGAAAAUGCAUUGGAAUUUGGUCCAAUUUACAGACAUUCAUCAUACAAAUAUGAGAGAUUUCACCAAUUGAACAAACGUUCAUUUUCAACAUCGAA